GGAGAAAAAAAAAAAGAAAAAAAAAAGGACCGAGUGACGUCACCGGCAGCCCGAAUUCUGAUUGGUUCAGGAGGUGAACUGGUCCAAGCGCGUCCCCCCUCGGCUGUUAUCUCGCGUGCGCCGGGGUGACAGACAGUCGCAACUUCUCCCUACUUGUCCUUCUGCACAAAACUUUGGAUGACGAGAAUGUAUCUACUCGUCCUUUUUGUUGCAGCUCUGCAAACACUCAACGUGACGCCUGCGCUACAUAUGCGGAGUUAUUUCAUCACAGCGUCCUCUCAAAUCGCAAAGCUGCCAGAGUACUUGGAGGUCAUGUAUGUUGACGGCGUUCAGAUUUUGCAGUUUGACAGCAACAGCCGGAAAACGAAAGCCAAACUGGACUGGGUGAACAAAAUCGCAGCAGAGGAUCCAGACUUGUGGGAGCGAGAGCUGCGCGGCAGUAUCAGCAAUGAGCAGUGGUUCAAAGUCAACAUUGAAAUCGCUAAAGUCAACAUUGAAAUCGCGAAAGAGCGCUUCAACCAAACUGGAGGUUCGUUUUCCGCUCGCACAAUGACGCGGUUGUGCCCCGACUCAUAAACACGCACGU